AUGAAUAUCUUCCGAUUAUUAGGUGCGGGCGAAAAGCUGUCCUCCGGUCUUGUUUGGCCGCCCCCCCCCCUGUUUCCUCGGAGAAUUGCGAAGCUAACGGAUUCCUCCGCCGCCGACAGCCGAUCUAUCCCAUCUGGUCUCGAUCUUUAUCUUACUGCAGAAGAUGAAGUCGUCCAGCCUGUUCGGGUUUAUCGUUUAAAUCGCAAGCUCUAUAUUUCCUUGUCUACGUCACUCGAUACCUUGGUACGUGCAUUCGUGGAUGCUACUUACAAGCCGCCAAGUGUGCCAGAGCUGACGAAGAAUUGCGGCUUUGAAAACUAUUCAGACAUCUUCUGGACCUUUACGCUUUCUGCAUACAAUACCAUUUUCAAAAUACUUUUCAUCGCUUCCUCCGCGUAUACGAUCUACCUUAUGAUUAAUGAAUACCGACCCACCCAAGACCCCAAUCUCGAUACGUUCAAAGUACAAUAUCUUCUUGGCGCUAGCGCCCUCCUAGCAAUGCUCUUCCCGUACGCAUACACACCCGCCGAGAUUCUAUGGACAUUCUCGAUCUGGCUCGAAUCCGUGGCCAUUCUGCCGCAACUCUUCAUGCUGCAGCGCACGGGAGAGGCCGAGACCAUCACGACACACUACCUCUUCGCCCUGGGCCUGUACCGCGCGCUGUAUAUUCCGAACUGGAUCUACCGGUACUUCACCGAGGGCCGUGCGGACCCGAUUGCCAUUAUCGCCGGCGUGAUCCAAACCGUUCUGUAUUCGGAUUUCUUCUGGAUUUACUAUACCAAGGUUAUGAAGGGAAAGAAAUUCUCUUUACCCGUGUAA